AUGGAUGUCCGCGUGGGGGGAAAAUUUCGUUUGGGGAGGAAGAUUGGUAGCGGCUCCUUCGGAGACAUCUACUUGGGUACAAAUGUUACGAAUGGAGAUGAAGUUGCUAUUAAACUAGAGAGCGUGCGGUCGAAGCAUCCGCAGCUAAUGUAUGAAAGCAAGCUUUAUAAAAUUCUCUUGGGGGGCAUCGGCAUCCCAACUCUUUACUGGUAUGGAAUCGAGGGUGAUUACAAUGUGAUGAUUAUCGAGCUCUUGGGCCCGUCUCUCGAGGACCUCUUCAGUAUUUGCAACAGGAAGCUCUCACUAAAAACUGUUUUGAUGCUUGCCGAUCAAAUGCUGAACCGUAUCGAGUUUGUCCACAGCAGGCAUUUCAUCCAUCGUGAUAUUAAGCCCGACAAUUUCUUGAUCGGUAGAGGCAAGAAGAUGUCCAUUGUUUUCGCUAUUGACUUCGGGCUUGCAAAGAAGUACAGGGACCCGAAGACACAAUCACAUAUUCCUUAUCGGGAAGGCAAAAACCUGACAGGUACCGCGAGAUAUGCCUCAGUUAACACUCAUCUGGGAAUUGAACAAAGCAGGCGCGAUGACCUAGAAGCUCUCGGCUAUGUCCUCAUGUACUUUAAUAGAGGCUCACUCCCAUGGCAGGGGCUCAAGGCCACUACCAAGAAGGACAAAUAUGAUAAGAUUAUGGAGAAGAAGAUGUCGACUCCCAUUGAAGUCCUGUGCAAGCACUUUCCAUUUGAGUUUAUCACAUACUUGAACUACUGCCGGUCCCUGAGGUUCGAAGAUCGGCCGGAUUACUCAUAUUUACGGCGGCUGUUCAAGGAUCUUUUCUUCCGCGAAGGGUAUCAGUAUGACUUCAUCUUCGACUGGACAUUCUGUAAUCUGUCCCCCGGCAGUCCACUGGAACUCUGUGGCGUUGGGAUGCAUGCGAGUUUGCUUGUUGUUCUACAGCUACACGCUGAGAGAGAACGAGAGCUUAGACGACGCACAAUGGUGAACCAGGGUGUUGGGGCUGGGAAUCCUUGGGUCGAUGAAGACUGGAGGCGAGAUGCGUCGGGCAGAGAUCCGCUUGGUCGGUUGCCUCAGCUCGAACGUUAG